AUGCAUGAAAUAUUAGUACCCCCUUCCGGCAACAGUGCUUCUCUCCAUACCACGCUAGCCGAAAAUAGUAGUUAUCCAACUUACAUAAUCCAACGGGGACCCUCCGCAAAGAACCUUUCGUGCAACAAAAGACUCCGCCUCCAAGGCUACAGGCUGAUGAUGGGGAACCGGAAGGGUGGGCAGAGAGUUGAGGUCCUGCAGAAAAAGUUCUCAAUUCGUACUGUGCAUGACUCGAUCGAGCAAUCCAAACAAAACCGACCGUACCCAGGCAGUCGCGCUCUACUUUCGGGGCGGAAAAGUCCUCGCACCUUGCUCAUCGCUAUUUGGGGAAACCCACGAUAACGGCUACCUGCCGUAUGAGGUCAGGUCACACUGUUUCAGGGGAUUGUCCAAUAAGGUUACAGUAACAGGACCGGUAGUCUUCGGUGUGCCAGCCAGGUACUCGAGGACAGCGACGUCCGCACGAUAAGUAUCUUUGAAGGGAACGUUCGCCGAUACAAGUACUCGUACUUGUAAGGUCGCCUGCCGGGAUGGGGGACGGUAUCAUAGGCGAAGGGCGGCAUUACCUUCGAUGGAAAUCUCCAAGCGCUCAGAGCGGUAAAACUAGGGACUGCGGGUAGCUGGAGUUGGGAAGAAUUUCCUGGGAAAGUUACACCUGCCCGCCGGCCAACACUAAAGGGCGACCGGAUCAUUUGUUAAGGGGUUCGAGAAACUCGGCGGGCACAUUGGGUAGCUUUUCCAUUGGAGUGCUACUACCGGUGGGAUACUGGGUAUCAUACUCGAGUAUCGUGGAUUGUCACGGGAUGGGAGAGGGCAUCUAAACUACCGUAAGCAAUGAAUUUCGUUUCAAAGUUGAGGGAGCGAGGCAGUUUAGGAAGCUCUUGAGGCAUAUUCAUCCUUGGCACAACUUCUCCCCCGCUGUCCGGAGGGGGUAGAUUGUGAUGACUAACGACGGCGGGGGUUUGGUUCACUUGUGGUUAUAGUAUCGGUCGCAAGCUUUCGAUGAAGAAUCCCGUGGGGAAUUGGUAGUGGAAGGGGUACGGUACUGUGCCGUAGUAGCACACUGGAUAAGUUGGCCCUCGUUUAAGCUUAACCAUCUUCAAUUCUUCCGCCUCCGAGGUCGCGAUUUCUACAGCUCUUGUACUUUCUUCUAAAUCCCUAGCCCCUUCUUCAUCUCUGUGCUUUACAGUAUUCUGCGGGGGGUGGUGGAGAAAAAGGUCAAAUAACGAGUCAUAGGCAUU